AUGCUGGGGAGCCCACUGACCGGGCUCUCCCAGCUUUUGGGGAGAGGCCUGGCGCCGCACCGUGAGGCGACGUUGAUCCUGAACGAGCAGGGAGAGUCGGCCAGCGAGGAGAGCGCCAAGUCGCUAUGGGACAAGUUCAAGGCCUACCGCAAGGCAGGCUUUGUGAAGCCAUUCCAUGUGCGGCGCACCCCACGCGCAUGCAAGGCAUACGCGCUGGGCGGCUACAUCGUGAAGGAGUACACCGGCUCCCGGCAGAAGGUGGAGGCCGAGAUCCGCAUCCUCCAGCAGCUUUGCCACGAGCGGCUCGUGUCCUACGAGUUCAUAGCCGACGAGGGCGCCCGCAUCAGCAUCUUCAUGGCCUGGGCCGGCGUCCCGCUGCGCGACCACCGCCUGACGCGCGCCGACGCGUACGACGAGGACGCCGCGCGCCACACCGCGCACCAGCUCGCGGCCGCGCUCGCGUACCUGCACGCGCGCGGCAUCGUGCAUCGCGACAUCAAGCCGGACAACCUCGGGGUGCUGCUUGACCAGCGGCUGCAGCUGUUUGACUGGGGGGAGGCGGUCAGCCUGGAGGAGGCCGCCGUGUUGACUGACAAGGAGCUCGGCCGCGCCGUCGGCGUCGCCGGCACGCCGCUGUUUAUGCCGCCCGAGAGCCUCAACCACCUCACGCGGCGCCCCGGCGGCGAGUGCGGCUGCGGCGGCGGCUGCGCGCGGAGCGGCGCGGACGGGCGCGGCGUGCCGUCGCUGCGCGCGACGCUCGCGCCGGCGCUGGACGUGUGGGGACUCGGCACCGUGGUCUACUUUGUCAUCGCGGGGCGCGACGUGUUUGUCGGGGACAGCGCGUGGGAGCUGGAGGAGCUGGCUGACGUGGUCAACCGCAGCGGGGGCGUCCCGCUGCCAGAGGGGGCCCCCGCCAGCUUUGCCGCGCGCGACUUCCUGGCCCGCUGCCUGGAGCGCUGCCCCGCGCGCCGCGCGUCGGCCGCGGAGCUGCUGGGCCACCCGUGGCUGCGCGGCGCGGCGACGCAGGCGGAGGUCGCGGCGGCGUGCGCGGCGGACGCGCGGCGGGCGCGCGCGGGCGGGCGGUGCGGCAGCGUGAGCAGCCUCGGCAGCAGCCGGCGGCGCGGCUUGUGGGCCGUGCGCGCGAGCAGUGCCAGCGGGAGCGGGAGUGGGGCCGGCGCCAGCAUCGGCGGAGGGGGUGGCGGCGGCUUCAGCACCAGCGCCAGCGGCGACGGCAGCAGCAGCGCCAUCAGCGACGUGCGCAGCACGGGCAGCAGCGCCAGCAGCGCCCUCGCCGCGGCGCGGCUGGCGCAGGCGCGCGGAGGGACAAACGGCCUGCUGGGGCCGCUGCCGCCGAGCAAGGCCGCGGUGGCGACCUGCGGCUUGCGAUCUUCCGCGACAGGGGGGCCGCAGCGAGCGUCCGCGGCCGACGCCGGCGCAGGCCUCCCUGGCUCGUUCUGA